UCGUAACAUCUUCAGACUUGAGUCAUCUUCGUCACCGCAACCACAGCACUUCGACCCAAUACCUACGCUACGGUCACAGUUCACCGGAAAACCUCUUAUCCGGCGCCGGAGAGGGGCUUCUCUUCCAACAGGAAACUGAUAUUAAUAGCAUUGGAGGAUCUUCUGUCCCGUUUGUGCUGCCACAGGUUGUAAGCAUUUCAGCAGUUACUCGGAUGGAUCCUAAUGUAGAAGAAGAGUUGCCCCAAUACAUACAUAUAAAUCAGAAUGAAUUUUUUAUACGAAGGCAUAAGAAGCAGAAGGAGGAGGAUAUUGCUAUAUGUGAUUGCAAAUAUAAUGUUGACGACCCUGAUAGUGCAUGUGGGGACGGCUGCCUCAAUGUUUUAACCAGCACCGAAUGCACUCCUGGAUAUUGCCCAUGUGGUGACCUCUGCAAAAAUCAGAGAUUUCAGAAGUGUGAAUAUGCAAAAACAAAGUUGUUUAAAACUGAAGGCCGUGGUUGGGGUCUUUUGGCUGAUGAGAACAUUAAGGCGGGACAAUUUGUCAUUGAAUACUGUGGAGAAGUAAUAUCAUGGAAAGAAGCCAAACGUAGAUCCCAGGCUUAUGAAAUUCAAGGUCUAACAGAUGCAUUUAUCAUUUGCCUUAAUGCCUUUGAAUCUAUUGAUGCAACAAGAAAGGGAAGUCUUGGCAGAUUUAUAAAUCAUUCCUGUCAACCAAACUGUGAGACAAGAAAAUGGAAUGUCUUGGGCGAAAUAAGAGUUGGAAUAUUUGCGAAAUAUGAUAUUCCUUUUGGAGCUGAAUUGGCAUAUGACUAUAAUUUUGAAUGGUUUGGGGGCACAAAGGUUCGCUGCCUCUGCGGUGCAGCUAGAUGUUCUGGAUUCCUUGGAGCAAAAUCUCGUGGUUUCCAAGAAGAUACUUAUCUAUGGGAAGAUGAUGAUGACAGGUACUCUGUUGAGAAAAUUCCUGUAUAUGACUCCGCGGAGGAUGAAUUGGGGACAGAAGUUCUUAAACGUAUGAACUCAGACAGCUCUGGAAAUGAUUUUAAUGGAAGAAUAGGAUCCUCCGUGGAUAAUACACUGAAAGCUGAGCAGCUACCAGAGUCCGGUGCUUUCAGUAUUCCCCUUAAUUUGGCUCAGAUGAAGGAUUUAGAUGUCAAGAAGAUUAAAACUGAAGUAGUAAGCGAGGAUAUGAAAUUGGAUUCUGAAGAUACUGAACAGGCCUUCUCCCAAAAGAAUGCAAUGAUCUCGCGUAUCCGAAGUAAUAGUGCUGCCAGAAACUAUCACCUUGGACCUGGGUCCAUGUCUACUAAACGAUCCAAGGCAUAUCGUGGCAGAAAGUUAAAGAAUCUUGUUCAGAAGAAAGUUGAUGCCAAGUUUGCCGCUGGACUCUUGGCUUCAAAGGAAGCACAAGAGGAGAUUCUAAAAUAUGAGGAAGUCAAGAAUAAUGCUACUUCUGGUCUCGAUUCCUUGUACGAUGAAAUAAGGCCAGCCAUUGAAGAACAUGAGAGGGAUAGCCAAGACAGUGUAUCUACCUCUGUAGCAGAGAAGUGGAUUCAAGCUUGCUGCCUAAAAUUGAAGGCAGAGUUUGAUCUUUACUCCUCAAUUGUCAAAAACGUGGCUUGCACUGCUCAAAGGUCUAAACCUCCCCCAGAAGCUGAUAAUGAAAACGAAAUUAGGCUGUUGAUGGGUUGAAAUGAAGACAUUUUAAACUUAAUUUAGUAUUUAGAAGGAUAUUUUGAAUCUUACUCUCGUUACUCGUUUUUUAUCCUUCAACAAUUUCUUCAUUAUUUCACAAAAUAUAUGGGAAGCUGGCAGGAAUUUUUCUCUUGAAAUUC